ACGCUGUAUUCCAGAUCUACACGGGUUAUUAUAAUCCAAUUUGUUCUGUUCUAACACGACCAGCACUUCACUCACUGUGACGGAGUCAGACCACGUAUCGAGCUGACAAAGACGGAGGACACGGGCUGCAUGGAUAAUGCCACACGUCCUUGGGUUCAUCUCUUCUUUUCGCUGGGAUGAAACGAGAACUGUUGAGCGAGAGCGGAGAGCUCGGUGAGGCGCAGCGAGGAGGAGAAGGACAGAUGUGGGAUCGCCGAUGCACAGCUCUCGUUAAAACAAAACUGUUUCUCAGGGCAAAAAAAAAAAAAAAAAACCAGAACAUGUGCAAGAUCCUGAACCGAUCAGAAGGUGAUCAAAAUUCUUUCUGUAUUAAAAUCUCCAUCAUUCAUUUGUUUAUAUAAAUAUAUAAAUAUAUCUGUGUAUAACCUAAUGCAGUUUAUUCUUGUUGCACAUUCUCUGAUUGGCUGCUGGAGGUAGAGGAGGAGUCAGUGAUCACAGUGCAGAACAGGGGCUAAGAGGGAAAGUGCCAAUCUGCCAAAGGAAUGCUCCAGAGAGCAGGUGCCUACCUCGGAUUCCUGCAUCUUCUUCUUUUAUUCCUCCGGUCUCUUCUUCUCAAGCUCGGUCUCAGCACUAUCCUUUUAAGGCUCUCUGCUUUUUAUUUUUUUUAUUUAUCUGCUCUUCCUCAUCCUUCGAACGCUGCUCGAGGAUGACAGUGUGUGAGGGUUAAAUAGUAGCUGCUGGAAAGCUCGCUGAUGCUCGAGGAUGACAUGGGGACCUCCGUGCGCAGGGAAAACGCAUCUCUUUAGGACUCUGUAGCUCAGAUGGAGAUGGAGGACACGGAAGAGACUCGCAGAUUAGAAUAAACCUCAAUGAAGAUGGAAAGCGGAGGACUGUGGUGAGGAGAUCUUGCAGAUAUGAACGUGUCUGAGCACCACGGGAUGCAGCAUGCACACCGGAACCACAGCCUGGGCGUGCAGAUUGGAAACAAAGCCGGCUCGGGGGAAAGGAACUCGGAGUCGGGCUGCUACGAGCAGCUGUUGAUCUCCACCGAGGUCUUCAUCACGCUAGGGUUGGUCAGCCUUCUGGAGAACAUCCUGGUAAUCGCGGCCAUCGUCAAGAACAAGAACUUCCACUCGCCCAUGUACUUCUUCAUCUGCAGCCUGGCGGUGGCCGACCUGCUGGUGAGCGUAUCGAACGCCACAGAAACGGCUGUGAUGGCGCUGAUCACCAGCGGCAACCUGACCAUCUCUGGAGACGUCGUGAAAAGCAUGGACAAUGUGUUCGACUCCAUGAUCUGCAGCUCACUCCUGGCCUCCAUUUGGAGUCUCCUGGCCAUCGCCGUGGACCGCUACGUCACCAUCUUCUACGCCCUGCGCUACCACAACAUCAUGACACAACGCCGCGCGGCGCUCAUCAUCGUAUGCAUAUGGAGCUUCUGCACGGCGUCCGGUGUGCUCUUCAUCAUCUACUCGGAGAGCGCUACAGUCCUCAUCUGCCUUAUCAGCAUGUUCUUCACCAUGCUGGCCCUCAUGGCCUCGCUUUACGUGCACAUGUUCCUCUUGGCGCGGCUUCACAUGAAACGCAUCGCCGCCUUACCGGGGAACGGCCCCGUGUGGCAGGCGGCCAACAUGAAGGGCGCCGUGACGCUCACCAUCCUGCUCGGAGUGUUCGUCGUGUGCUGGGCACCGUUUUUUCUCCACCUCAUUCUCAUGAUCUCUUGUCCGAGGAACCCGUAUUGCGUCUGCUUCAUGUCUCACUUCAACAUGUACCUGAUUCUGAUCAUGUGCAACUCGGUGAUCGACCCGCUCAUCUACGCGUUCAGGAGCCAGGAGAUGAGGAAGACCUUCCGGGAGAUCUGCUGCGGCUGGGCUUCGGGAUGGAGCUGCGGCUGGAGUUGCGUCGGCUUCGACGAGAGGCUUAACAGCUAUUAAACCGGACGUUUUGUUUUUGAUCUCGAACGCACUGACGAUUCGCUCCUCGUCCCAGACCGUUCACCGGCUGAAAUCGCGAACCACGUCAGAUGAUUGCUUUUCUUCACCAACAAAAAACCAAGACCUUCAAAAUAACCAGACUCAAAACCUCCAGAAACACUCGUCUUGUGAAACAACCUCGAAUUUCGUCUUUUGCUACACAACUGUGAAAUCAUUUCUGCCUUUCCACCACCAUCAUCAUCACCAACAGGUGGGUUACAUACGCUCGAAAAUCAUUUCUGGACAAACUCCUGCAUGGCCGAGAAGAAAAAUCGAUGCAGCCUUGCGGGGAAAUAUCUGGAAUCAUCGUGAUUAGUAAUUAUCCUAUCGAUCGAGGUAAUUGCAGACUCCGUAUCAGACUCCUUCUCAGUGCCUGGAUAAUACCCCGAGUCCCCUCGUCUCUCCGCUGGUCCAUUUUGUUCUCCUAUCUGUUCGUGUAAUAUAAUGUGAUGUGAAAUGGCUGUGACUCUCUCGACCUUAUGUUCUGUCAUUAAUCCGACCGUGAUAAGUAAUUAGGAGUAUAAUUACAUUUCUUUCAUCGAGCACGUCGAGCCGAAAUACGGAUAAGAAACCGAUAUGUGUCACAAAUCAUAAAUAUAUCGGGAGAAAUAUCGAGAUUUCCUCUUGACUGGACGUCUAGAGUUUCAUUUAUAGAUUCAUUUAUUCAAUUAAUUACGUACACGUCGAGCUCACGCUUCUGCUUGAAGGCCAGAUUGUAAUAUCGUGUAUCAUGUAAGACAUAAUAAGUAAUAAAGG